AUGAAGAAGAAACGACCGCUCUCUCCCGAAGCUGACAAAGAAGACACCACAACGACGAUCCCGGAGGGGGAGGAACCAGCAACCAGCAGCGCCGCUGGCGCCGAGAGCAAUGAUGAGCAGAUCUUCGUUUCCGCACCGGUCCACGAUCGCCAGUCCACGUUCGUAGCUCACUUCCACCCCUCGCCGUCCGUGUUCGCGAAGCGGCAAUCCGCGACUGGACCUGGGUCGAAGCCGCUCUCGUUGACAGCGGUCAUCAAACGGCAUCAAUCACAUGCGUCGUUCGCCUCUGCGAGCCACCGCAUCGUCGCGUGGCGGCGCCGAUCAAGCCAGCAAACGCUCUUCACCGCCACAUCAUCAUCGUCGUCGCUAUCAUCUACUAAUUCUUCUAACCCUCUUCUUGCCUCAGCGAGUGGCAGUGGUGGUGCGGGUGCCGGGGUAGGAGGACCAGGAAAAGCCAUCAUCUAUGCGACGGGCUCGGAGGACGACGGUGAGAAAUAUGCCGGCAAGCGCCUCGAGCGGCUCCUGACCGAUCUGGACGUCGAGGGCGUCGUCGUCGUCGCGCGCUGGUAUGGUGGCGUAUUACUCGGGCCCGUGAGGUUCAUGCACAUCGAGGACGUAGCCCGUGAGGCGAUUCGGGCAUGGAAAGUGAGCAUUACCGAUAGCUUGUUGUCGGACGGGGGACUGUCCAAGAGGCAGAGACUUCUGGGUCCCGACAGCGGAGGAGGAGCGGGCGGUGUUCCGACGAGAGGAAAUGAUGAAGAUGGCCUCAGAACACGUCUCGCGGAGCAGCUUGCCGAGCGGGAUCAAAGCAUUGUCGUGCUGAGAGGGCUGUUGGCCGACAAGACCAAGGCCGCGUCCACGACAGUGGACCAGCAGCAGCAGCAACAGCAGCAGCAACAGCCGCAGCCACAAUCACAGCCGCCUCAACAGCAAUCUUUGACGACGUCGCCUUCGCCGGCCAAGAAGAUCGAUUAUAGCGAGAUGCCGCUGGCGAGACUGAAACAGCUGGAAAAGGCACGAGACGCCACGAUUGCCUUUAUCUUGAGGCAGCUGGACAAAGUCGAGGAAGAGGAGAAGGCAAAGGGAAAGGACAGCCAGAAGCAAGGAAGAGGCGUCCCCAGUGCCGAUAUAGAGACUGUGACACGAAGGCAGGGUGAGCAGGGCGUUGGGAGUAUCGACGAGGACCGAAACGCAUGA